UCUCAUGCAAAUCUCGCCCGGCUCUUAAGCGCCAUCCCAACUCGCCAAUCUUUAGUAGGGUUGCCCCGUUAGGGUUCCUUCCUUCCGCCCCCCUUCCCCUUUCUUCUUCGUUUCUCCUCCCCAACCCCAUUUCGGUUUUUUAAUUAAUUUUGCCCCCACUCUUUUCCGAGAUCUCUUAUUUUGGCCUCGUCCGAUCUCGCUCUUCUUCCUCCUCCUCGUUUCUUCUUCGCCGUUUUUGAUUGAUCUCUUCGUCCCCGCCUUCUUCUGAAGGGUCCGGCGUGGGGAUAUCGAGGAGCUUUACCGGCGUGCUAGUACUCUCCUCUUUGGUCCCAGCUCCCCCUUGCUUCGUUUGGGGGGGUAGCCGGGGCUCCGGCCUCGGCGGCUUUCAAAGCCCCCUUCUUGAAGAUCUGAUCCAACCCUAGUUUUUUCUUCUUUUUUUUUUUCCGUUUACUUUUCUUUUUUCUUUUUUUUUUUUUCCCGUUUUUUGCGCGAUCGGGAAGAGAUGCCGGCCUUGGCGUGCGUAGAUGCUGCAGUCCCCCCUCAUCCUGGUUACGCCUUCGCCUUGGACGGCUCUCUUCCCGCGCCGGGGCCGUUCCCCGGCGGCGCUCCGACGCUCGGCGACGGCGACGCGCGCCGCGUCCUCCCCUGGUCCCCCGACCUGUCGGCGGCGCUCUACAAGAUCGACGCCUGGGGGGCGCCCUACUUCGCGGUGAACUCGGCGGGCAACAUCGCCGUGCGCCCCCACGGAUCCGCCACCCUCCCCCACCAGGAGAUCGAACUCAUGAAGGUGGUCAAGAAGGCGUCCGACCUCAAGAGCGCCGGGGGGCUGGGCCUCCAGCUCCCCCUCAUCGUCCGCCUCCCCGACGUCCUCAAGAACCGCCUCGAGUCCCUCCAGAGCGCCUUCGACUUCGCCGUCGCCGCCAACGGCUACGCCUCCCACUACCAGGGGGUCUACCCUGUCAAGUGCAACCAGGACCGCUGCGUCGUCGAGGACGUCGUCCAGUUCGGCGCCCCCUUCCGCUUCGGCCUCGAGGCCGGCUCCAAGCCCGAGCUCCUCCUCGCCAUGAGCUGCCUCCUCCGCGGCAGCCCCGAGGCCUUACUCGUGUGCAACGGCUACAAGGACGAGGAGUACGUCUCCCUGGCGCUCAUGGCCCGGGCCAUGGACCUCAACACCGUUAUCGUCCUCGAGCAGGAGGAGGAGCUCGACGUCGUGGUGGAUGCCGCGCGCAGGCUCGGCGUGCGCCCCGUCGUCGGCCUGCGCGCCAAGCUCCGCACCAAGCACUCGGGCCACUUCGGGGCCACCUCCGGCGAGAAGGGCAAGUUCGGGCUCACCACCACGCAGAUCCUGUCGGUGGCCGCGAAGCUGCGGCGCCUCCAGAUGCUCGACUGCCUCCAGUUGCUGCAUUUCCACAUCGGGUCCCAGAUCCCGUCCACGGCGCUCCUCGCGGACGGGGUCAACGAGGCGGCGCAGAUCUACUGCGAGCUCGCGCGGUUCGGAGCCGCGAUGCGCGUGAUCGACGUCGGCGGCGGGCUCGGGAUCGACUACGACGGCUCGCGCUCGAGCGGCUCCGACAUGUCGGUGGGGUACGGCCUCGAGGAGUACGCGGACGCCGUGGUCCGGGCGGUGCGGCGCGCGUGCGACCAGAAGGGGGUGCGUCACCCGGUGCUCUGCAGCGAGAGCGGGCGGGCGCUCGUGUCCCACCACUCGGUGCUCGUCUUUGAGGCGGUGUCUGCCACCUCGCCCUUCGCCGCAGCGGGCGCGGGCUUGGGCUUGGGCUCGGGCUCGGACGACCCGGGGCCCGGCCUUGGGUACUACCUGGAGGAGCUGGCGGAUGAGGCGCGCGCGGACUACCGGAACCUGAUGGCGGCGGCGGUGCGGGGGGAGUACGAGACGUGCUGGAUCUACGCAGAGCAGCUGAAGCGGCGGUGCGUCGAGCAGUUCAAGGAGGGGGCGCUGGGCCUGGAGCACCUGGCGGCCGUGGACGGGCUCUGCGACCUGGUGGCGCGCGAGACGGGCGCGGCCGAGCCGGUGCGUACGUUCCACGUCAACCUCUCGCUCUUCACGUCGAUGCCGGACGUGUGGGCCAUCGGGCAGCUCUUUCCGAUCGUGCCGAUCCACCGGCUGGACCAGCGGCCGGGGGUCAACGGGGUGCUGUCGGACCUCACCUGCGACAGCGACGGGAAGGUGGACCGGUUCAUCGGGGGGAGGUCCAGCCUGCCGCUGCACGACAUGGGCGGCGGCAUCAGCGGCGCCAAUGGCGAGAGGUACUAUCUGGGGAUGUUUCUGGGCGGGGCUUACCAGGAGGCGCUUGGGGGCUCGCACAACCUGUUCGGGGGCCCAAGCGUUGUGCGGGUGUCGCAGAGCGACGGGCCGCACUGCUUCGCGGUGACGCGGGCGGUGCCGGGGUCGUCGUGCGCGGACGUCCUCAGAGCGAUGCAGCACGAGCCCGAGCUCAUGUUCCAGGCGCUCAAGAGCCGCGCCUACGAGUACUACGCCCACCACGCCGCAGCCAAGGACGACGACGACUCCGACGCCGCAGCCGCCGCCGUGACCUGCGCCAUCGCCCGCGCCUUCCGCUUGAUGCCCUACCUCGUUUGCGGCCGCUCUGCAGCGGCGGACGCAAUGGGCAGGGACGGCUCGGACGACGGGGGCGAGGAGGGGAGCGGCGGGGUCCUCGCGUACGGCGAUGAGGACGGGGAGUGGGACUUCAUGCGAUGCCUCAGCGUAUGAGAGAUCCGAUCCGGAUCAGAUCGUCGUCGAACGCCUGCUUCCUUCCUUGCCUCUUUGGUGGUCGCCGUUAAAAAAAAAAAAUAGUUGUCGUCGUCGGAGUGCUUCGCGUCCUUUUCUCUGUUUUUUUUCUUCUUCUUCAAUGGUCGUCGUUUCUCCGAACUUUAUUAUUAUAAUUAUUAUUAAUAUUAAUUGUAGUAGUUGUGUCUAAUCGGAUCUCGGAUCUCGAUUAUUUGAUGGGGAUGCGUGAAGAAAAGGCCGAGCAAGAUUUUCAUGUGUGUCUUGAAAAUUUUAGAGGGAAGCUUAUUUUAGCGGGACUACUAUAACGUGAGUCUCCCGUGAUUUUUGUGUUAUUUUUUUUUUAAUUUUUUUUUUUUUUUUUCGGUUUCCAGAGUUUCAGUAUUUACUGUUGCUGUAUUCUUACGAAUGCGAUGUUCCGUGUUAGAUGUAA